ACAGCUCCUAAAACCACAACAAUCAAUGUGCGCCAACAACAAAACAAUAAUAAAGCAACUUUGUGAAUGUUGAAGAUCUACGAAUAAAAUAAAAAUAAAUCUGGCUACUACGUAGAUAUAAAUUAAACGACAAUUAUUUAAGAAUCUAUCACUUCAAAUGGAUAAAUAUGAAGCAUUUGGCUUACUUGGAGAAGGUUCUUUUGGCAGAGUUUAUAAAGCUAAAAGAAAUGAAGAUGGAAUCUUUGUAGCACUUAAAGUUAUCAGUAAGAGAGGUAGAUCUAAUAAAGAACUGACAGGUUUGAGGAGAGAAUGCAAGAUACAGAGGAAUCUACAUCAUCCAAACAUAAUUCAAAUGUUAGACUCUUUUGAAACUGACAAGGAGAUAGUGGUAAUAACAGAAUUUGCCCAUAAGGAACUCAAUUAUAUUUUGAGUAAGGAAGGAUAUUUAUCAGAAGAAAGAGUGCAGAAAAUAGUAUGGGACUUAGUUUCAGCCUUAUAUUAUUUGCAUUCCAAUAGAGUUUUACACAGAGAUUUAAAACCACAAAAUAUUUUGUUAGAUGCAAAUAACACUGCAAAAUUGUGUGAUUUUGGCUUUGCAAGAAAUAUGAGUACAGGCACACAUGUUCUCACAUCUAUUAAAGGUACACCACUUUAUAUGGCGCCGGAACUAAUCGAAGAACAACCCUAUGACCACAAUGCUGAUUUAUGGUCUCUAGGAUGUAUUAUCUACGAACUUCUUGUUGGCGCACCGCCAUUUUGCACUGCUUCAAUUCUCCAUUUAAUAAGACUGAUAAAACAUGAACAAGUGCAAUGGCCGACAUUUUUAUCGGAACAUUGCAUUUCAUUUCUCAAAGGCCUUCUGCAAAAGAAUCCUGGUAAACGCAUGUCGUGGCAAGAGAUUUUAAACCAUCCCUUUGUAAAGGGUCAUAUUAUAAUCACCGAACUUGCUCCCGCAAUGCCAUUGACUCGGCCUAUGUCGGCGAAUACUCUACAAGUGAAAGAACAUCAACGAAAUCAUCACAUCAGUCAAAAAAUAUCUAAACAAACGAAUAUUAAUACAACAAAAGUACAUACUGAAGAAGCUAAAGCUGAUCAUGACAAACCUACUACUAGUAAGGAUAAAACACAAAGUAGUAAAGAUAAACCACAAGCUAGUAAAAUAAGUAAGAGUGGUGAAACUAAAGUGACACCCACGACUUCCGUGGAAACAAAACGGCAGCAUAACGAACUGAAUGAAAGAAUCUCAAAAUUAUCUCUGGAAAGGAAUAAAAACACUCCGGAAUUAACUAAAGCAGAACCUCUAGAUUUUCAUGAAGACACCCAACCCAUAGAAAGUGAAGAAUGGGUUGUUUUUAUAUAUAAAACAAUGGAGGAGAUAAUGAAUGGUCAAAUAGAUUGCUUAUUGCAACCUGGUAGCACUAAUGUGCUUGUAAUCCCAUUGAGGAAUCCACGUGCAAGUCCCAAAGUAGUGGGUUUUGUGGCGAAUUUAUUUUGUUUACCGUUUGUCGUGACGGGUAUAAGUAGUGAGUCCAAGGAACAAAUUCUUCAGGUUUAUCUGGAUGUUAAACUCGUGCCUAAUUUGAUUUAUGCAUCGAAGCUCUUGAUACGAUUAAAAAACGCUAGCCAAGAAAAUGUCGACGUAUCAGCUGAGAUUAAGGAACGAAAUGUUGGAGAUUUGUCUGAAGAAGAGUUGCAAUGCUUGGAGCAUAUUUAUUUACUGAUAUGUCACUUGAUUUAUGUGGAAGAGAAGUAUGUCAGCCAGUUUUGCGAUUCGGUGGUAAUUCUGAACAUUUAUCAUCUUAUUAAUGGAUUUUUACAUUUAGGAAAGAAGAAAUUGAAGAUUGUAACUGAUUUAUUAGCUAUUUUAACGCAUGUGAUGCACAAAAAUCCUGAAAACUAUGAAAUUAUCGACAAAAUCAUUCAAACACCACAAGCUGGAGAAGGUUUGGACUUCGUUGGCAUGUUGCGUAGCAACGAGGCUCUGUUAAGAGAGAGAAUGUGCAAUUUUAUGCUGCAGGUUGCAAAAUUAACGCCUAAAACAAUUGAAUUGUUUUGGAAUCCUCAAAUUCGUGAUACCCUUGAAGCAUUGAUGUAUGAUUCAGUGGAAAACGUACGAAAUGCAGCCGAAUUAGCAGUGGACGAAUUGAAAGCCCACGAGUUCUACACGAAGAAGUCGCAUGAAAGUUGAAUUAAAUAAAAUAUACCGACUCAAUUUAUUGCAAAUCAUGAACAAUUACUUGUCCACAAUAUAAAUAUUUGUUGGUUGUGAAUCUUUACUUAAGCUUUCUUUAUAAUUCGCAAAUAUUUAAGUUUUAUUGUGCAAAUUUUAUUACUUUAUUUGCUUA